AUGACUUACGGACGGAAGAAGAUAUGCAUUCUGGGGUUUACAGUUUCGUUUCUUGCUGGAGUUCACUUUGUUGCCCGAGUUUUCAUCGUUGUUGAGGCUUUCAUCAGUCUUAGGCAGGUCCCUAUCGGUGUCUACUCGAUGCCGUCUUGGAUCCAGAUGAUUCCUCACCUUUGA